AUGAACCUGUUCUGGAUAUCGAUCUUGGUAAAAAGAGUCGAUCCGUGCCUGAAGAGAGUUGCGGCUUUUUCCGGGCCGAGGUAUUUCGAGAAUGUGGCGAGCACGUCCUUCUUUGAAACACCGGCCAGCGAGCUCUGGAAAAACUGGAUUUUGGGAAGGAUUGAAUUUUCCGGCUUCGACAGAAGCAACCUGGGUUUUGCCCUCACGAUGCUGGAGAUUUGGGGUUUUGUGAAACCCUCAUUUUUGAGAAGAUCUAGAAAGGCGUUAGGCUUGACGGGUGUGUCGAAAUGCACGAGCUUCGAAGCAGCAAUGGAUUCCUCCGGCGACAACCCGCAUGAGUCGACCAGGAAGGAGACGACGACGCUUUUUUCCGGCGAAUAUCCGGCGGGUGUUGUGUUUCCAAGGGUGCUGAAAUUCGCGAGUCAUAACAAAAACAAAUGGUAG